UUUGUGUUUCUUUUGGACUAAAAGCGGAUUACAUUUUUCAAUAAAUUCUACCCACAACACAAUAGAACUCACUAUGAUGCAGGAACAAGUUGUUAUUCUUUCAUUGUUUGUUGCACUCUGUGCAUUCCCUUUCAUCACAGAAAGUACGCCUGUAGCAAUGUCAAGCGGCAGCAUGCCACCUCUCUGUGAACCCGGUAUCAUCGAAGAAUUACCAGUGCACAUUAAGAAAGUAUGUUUAGCAUUGGAGAAUUCAAAUCAACUAAGUUCCGCUCUAUCACAAUACAUAAGAAAUGAAGCCGCAGGUACCACAAAAUUAACCUCAAAAACAUUUUAUAUUUUUAUUGAGAAAAUUUUGCAAGAUUUUGGCUUAUUGAUGGCUGAAUUUCAAACUGAUAUGAGAAAUAUGAGGAAUUAUUAA